AUGAGGAUCCUCGUCCUGCUCUUAACCACUUUUCUUCUGCUCCACCAAGGUCCUCCAGUGAGCAGUGACCUGGACACAGGCAGGAUAUGUGGCUAUGGGACUUCUCGCUGCCGGACGCGUUGUAAAAGUGACGAGUUCAGAAUUGGAAGAUGCCUCAACACCUACGCGUGCUGUUUGAAAAAGUGGAGCGUCAACAAAUUGAAUCCUAUGAAAGACAGAAACCCGGUGGUGCCUGGUUCCUAGAGUCGCCAACAGCUGGACCUCUGAGCUGUCCAUUCUCGGGG